AUGGCAGAGAUGUUUUACUAUUUCAGAAGACAAACUGUAGAAAGAAGUGACAAAGUUGUGGAAGAGGGAGAAAAGAAAGAACUGCAGAAAGAGAAGGUAUCAGGAAACCUCUCUGGAGACGAUCAAGACAUCUCCUCAGGCUCCAUGGUGGCCAUGGUAGUUAGAAGUGAUCCAGAGAAGAGUAGAAGUGAAGAGAGCUCUGAGGAACAGUUCAUCUUGGCACCCGAGUUUGUCCCAGGACAUAUGGAACACUUGGAAGAUGCCCUCAUGUGUCCUGAACUGCCAACUGACUACAAGACUUAUGCCAGUGACUAUAACAGCAGUGAUGACAGUGAGGGUGACCAUUCUAUGCCUCCCCAGAAACAACUGCAGAAAGAAAAUGAAUCGGCACAGCUAUCUGAAGACAUGUCCUCAGGCUCCACGUUGGCCAUCGAUGACGCAAUGGUAGUUAGUAGUGAUCCAGAGAAGAAUGGAAGUGAAGAGAGCUCCGAGGAAGGAUUCAUCUUGGCACCCGAGUUUGUCCCGGGACAUAUGGAACACUUGGAAGAUGCCUUGAUGUGUCCUGACCUCCCAACUGUCUACCACACGUAUGCCAGUGACUACAGCAGCAGUGAUGACAGUGAAGGUGACCAUUCUAAUGAUGGCUACAAGAACCACGGCAGCAGCAGUGAUCAAAGUGACAAUCACUGCCAUGAGGCUGACGGCAGUGAUGUCUGCAACAAUGACAAUGUCAUCCUUCAGAAACAAGAAAUGGACCCUGGUGACUUGCACCUUCACAUCCUCCAGAGUAAGGUAGAAUACAACUACACAAAGGUGGUUGAAGGAAAUGGAAAAUCUGUAGAAAGGAAAGAGGAGCAGGAAGAAGAGCACAAAGAGUCCAAAGCAAGAAGUCGAUGGAAAGAUCGGGAAGAUUCACCCUCAGGCUUCACUUUGGUUGAUGACAUCUCCAUGUCUACUUUAAGAGACCCAGAAAUAGGUGCUACAAAUGAACAGAGUUUUAAUGAAGACAUCUUUGACGUUCAUGAUAAUCUUCUCUUAAUUCCCAGUCCGGCUCUUGUUGAAAGAGUGAAACCUGAGCCCUGUGCCAGAUGCUGUCCAUGUUUUUGCUUUCCUUGCUUUCCCUGUUUUCAUAGAGUUUGGAAAUGGCUGGUGACAAUUUUCAAUGUGAGCAAGAAAGCGCAGGUAGCCAAUGGGCACUCAGAUUCUAGAGCCCGCCAGUGAUUUGCAAUGAUGCUAUCAAGGAGUUGAUGGUGACAACUAUUUGCACAUUGAUUUCUGGGGUUUUCCUUGAAUUCUCUUCCCCUUUUUAUUUUCUUUUUCCCAAGUGGCUAGCUGGGAAGAAGCCAGGUCUUGACACUAGGGAAGCCAGCUUCUCCCUUUUUGAGGUCACUUUUAAGAGGACUAUAACUACAUGUUCAGACCCACCUCCAAACAAUAAUAGUAAAUGUAACAAUUACACAGAAAAACUCAUUCUCAAUGAAUGCCAAUUUGAAGAUACAGGAGGUUACUAAGUUUUGCUGACAUUUCCCUUUCAUCCUUUUUGUAACAGUCAUUUUUAAUUUGAAAUGCUUGUCUGGGAGGGGAUGCUGGAAGAAUUCUGGUGACGGAGAAAAACAUUUCAAUAAAAUCUAUUUUUGCACACUA